AUGGCCACCAUAGUCACUCCAAAUGCUUCAGUGGCGACUGAUGGUGAACCCCAAAGGGAACCCGCUUUGCGUUACGCCGAUAUUGGCAUCAACCUAUCCGACCCAAUUUUCCGCGGAAUAUCCCACGGCAAAAAAGCCCACGAAGACGAUCUCGAGCAUGUCAUCCACCGAGCCCAAAAAGCCGGUGUGCAGAAAAUGAUGGUCACAGGCUCGGAUUUGAAGGAAAGUCAAAAUGCGAUUAAGCUUGCUGAAGUUUAUCCCGGGUUGUGCUUUGCCACUAUAGGCGUACAUCCGUGUUCGGCAGAGUCCUUUGAGACGUAUCCCGCAGGCGCGGAGCAGCUUCUCGCAGAUUUGAAAGAUCUGGCGGUGCGAAGUCGGGAUGCGGGGACUGCGACUGCGUUUGGUGAGAUUGGAUUGGAUUAUGAUCGUCUGCAGCAUGCGACCAAGGAAACGCAAUUGAAGUACUUUGCUUUGCAACUGGAUCUUGCUGUGGAAUUGGAGAUGCCGCUGUUUUUGCACUCGAGAGCGGCCGCUGCAGACUUUGAAGCACUUUUGAAAGAACGUCUGGACAAACUGCCGAAACGGGGAGUGGUGCAUUCGUUUACGGGAUCGCUCGAAGAGAUGCAGUCACUCGUCAAACUGGGGUUCGACAUUGGCAUCAAUGGCUGCAGUAUGAAGACUGAAGAGAAUUGCGCGGUGGUAAAGGAAGUGCCACUGGAGAGACUACAGAUUGAGACGGAUGGACCUUGGUGUGAGAUGAGACCAAGUCAUGCAUCCGCAGCGUACCUGAAAUUGGACGGGGCUCCUGAAUUGCCUAAAUCAGUGAAGAAAGAGAAGUGGGCUGCGGAGUUCAUGGUAAAAGGAAGGAACGAGCCGUGUGCGAUGCCGCGAGUUGCUUGGGCUGUGGCAGGCAUCAAAGGUAUCAGUGUGGAAGAAGUCGCGGAAGCGGCAUGGAGAAACUCGAUACGCAUGUUCGGUCUUGGCGCAACAUCGCCCUGA